AUGACGUUCAAGUCAUGUUCAGGACAAUCUGGAUACACGGCUGAUUGUACAAAUGUCAACUCCAUUGAGGAAGAUUUAACUGGACUCCCUCCUGGUCUGAAUAACAUCUGCAUCUUCGUGACAACAAGGAGCAAUGGUUCUCUCCACAUGGGGGUUUUCUCACAGUUUCAGGAUCUGAAGUAUUUGGAGAUACGUGGCUGCUUUACUCAAAUUCUACCAACGGGUGGUGUUCAGGGUCUCCCAAGUCUGCAGUAUCUCAUAUUGGAGGGAUAUCAGUAUGGUGAAGCACGAGAGUGCUGUCAUGGUAACUUUGAUGCACAUUCAUUCAGUGACCUAGUAAACCUAACAACAAUAUACAUAAAUCAAUAUAAAUUAUCUGUAAUGGCACCAGAUAUUUUCAAUCUAAUGUUUCAUUUGCAGACUUUAUCCAUACACGAAUGUUGUGUUCAUGAGUUGUCAGAAAUAGUGUGCAGAAUAAUGAAUAUACAAUCACUGCAAGAGCUGUUCAUCACAGCAUACGAAGUUGAAGAAAUACAACCUGUGAACUGCUCUGUCCUGAUUGGUAACAGCAGCAUACCACCUGUUUUACCACCCAACUUAAAGACGUUAAGUUUACAGGUUGGUCAUAUUAAGGUUUUAGAAGAGGGUGCACUAACAUGGCUACAAAACUUUUCAUCGUUUGAAGGAAAAUACAGUCAAGAUACCCUGGUUCGCAUUCCCUUGUCAGGCCUGAAGCAAAUCAACACCAUAGAGGUAAUUGCUUUUAACAACAGCGAGGAAAUUGAUUUCAAAUUGAUUUGUGAUGUUAUUUUUAAAAUGUCUGUAAAGAAGAUUUUUUUGUGGUUAGGUUAUAAUUACAGGUUUGCAUCCACCAGUGUCAGUUCUUGUAUAGGACUAGAGGGCAUGCUUGUCCAAAGCUGGGGUACAGAACACCCUAUACCACUUACUUUCAAAUUAAAUGUAAUUACUGGUCUGAUAAAUCUCAAAUGGUUGAGAUUGCAAGGGAAAAGACUUGAUAUGGGGGAUCUCUGUUCCUUCCACACAAAGACUAUAUUGAGAUUGACAAACCUUGUAUUGGUAAUCUUUUUGGAAAAGUUGGUUGCAAAACAAUUUAGCUGUUUAAGGCGCCUCCAGUAUUUGGAUCUAUCAUAUAAUACGAUUUCAUACAUUGAAGAUUCAGCUUUCUUUGGGUUGAAGAAAUUAGAGUUCUUGUAUAUGAAAAACAACAAAUUAACAGAUAUAAAAAUGAACACAUUUUUGGGUUUAGAAAAGUUGACACUAUUAGAUGUGACUGAGAACCCACUUGUCCACAUCGAGGCAGGGUCAUUUUCACAUCUUGGCAGUCUGAGCCAAGUGUUUCUUGGAGACCUACGCCUCCCUCCAUCACAGACGAUGAUCAUGCUGAAUCUGUCAGAAAUCUUCCGCAGCAGCCUUAGUCAGCUGACUCAGCUGUACAUUAGUUCAGGUAUGAGGCCAAUGCAGCUGGCGAUUGGGGCUUCUGUUUCCUCCAAUCAGAACCUGAGUCUCCAACUGAAGGGUCACACUGUAACAUUUGAGGACUGUAAUGGGCCAUUCUUUGAGUCUGUGGUCCAUCUGAAAGCUGACACAGAGCAGAUCCUUUGUGGAUCAGAAUUCAUAGGAAGGUUCUUCCAGUCUUUGGAGACAUUUGAGUUUAAGUCCAAGCUCUCAGCGAAAAGUAUAGAUUUGACACCAUUGAAUCAGAUGGUUCACUUGAGGAAGCUGAUUUUGAUAGAGGUGGAUCUUUCAAAUCAGACCUCCGCUGAUGCUAUUUUUCACAAUCUGACCAAAUUGGAGGAACUGCAACUUUUGGCAUGUAGGUUAAAUAUCUUAGAGGGUAGUUUAACGAAAGACCUUAGAUCUUUAAGAACAUUCGUUGUGCAUAUAAGAAACAUCUAUAAUGUGAUCUACAGCUUAACAGAACCUCUUGUUAGUCUAAAAUACAUAACGUUUGAGGAAUUUGAGACAUUCUGCAGUUGUGACAAUGCCUGGCUUGUGCCCUGGGCAAAGAAUCAGAAACAGGUCGAAGUGAUGAUAAAUCCCUUAGAGGGAGAAGAAUUGGAUGUAAACAGUCUUAAAUGCUUGUCAGACAAUGGGAUGGACAGACUGAACUUCCUCAAGUACUCAGAGGCCAACUGCAGUGCAGAUCCUGGCUUUGUACUGUUUCUUGCCACCUGCCUCGGGGUCCUGUUGUUCAUGCUGGCGGUGCUGCUUCACAACCUGGCUGGUCACUACCUCCUCCCCUUCUACCACAUCACCCUGGGCUGGCUGUCUGAGGCCAUGCGCUCCAACAGCAGACGGCGCUACCACUAUGACGCGUUCGUGUCCUACAGCGGAAAGGACGAGCGCUGGGUGGUGGAGGAGCUGCUGCCCAACCUGGAGCAGAGAGGACCUCCUUUCCUGCGCCUCUGUCUGCACAGCAGGGACUUCCAGCUGGGGAAGGACAUCGUGGAGAACAUCACUGAGAGCCUCUACCGGAGCCGUCACACCCUCUGCCUGGUCAGCCGCCACUACCUCCACAGCAACUGGUGCUCCCUGGAGAUGAGGCUGGCCACCUGCCGUCUGCAGGCCGAGCACAGGGACGUGCUCAUCCUGGUCUUCCUGGAGAAGAUCUCCCCUCGCCGGCUGUCCGUCCAUCACAGGCUGGCACGGCUGGUAAAGACUAGGACCUAUCUAGACUGGCCCCAGGAACCAGGUCAGCAAGAGGCCUUCUGGGUCAAACUGUGGACUAAACUGAAACCUCCAACCCAAGACUGACAUUUCCAGGGUUACUUUUCAAAUCAACUACUGUUUUGGGGGUUAGGGGGUUGGGUUAGUGUUAGGGAUGAGGGCAACAAGCAGGGUAUUACAUUGGUAGGAUAUUAGCUAGGUCCUACAUUUGUCGUGAUUUUAUAUCACGUUGUUUGAAAAACACAACUUUUAUGACCCUGACACUAACCCUUUCCCAGAUCAAGUUUGUGACAAUAAUUUUUUGUUUUGUUUUACAGCCUAAAGAUUAACUCUGAUUGGUCUUGUGUUAUAAUAUCAAACAAUUGCUUAAUUGUUUGUACAU